GGCUAUAAUCUUAUGCGAUAAUUUCUCACCCAAGGUUCAUGGGGAAGGAGGGGCAUAUAUGUAACUUAAGUACCAGUUUUGAAUGAGAGAAAAAAUUGGGAACGUGGGGCCAUUGGCGGAGGAUAAUGGCAAUAACCGUCUUAACCGUCAUUACCGAAGGAGAGAAACAUAGUAAAACAAAGAUAAUAAGAGUAGAAAUGAAUCAGAAAUUUUCAGAUAAAAUAUUAGACCAAAGUGAAUAUGGAAUCCUUCACGAGAGAAGGGAAUCAUAAAAAUUCUGGGUUUUUAGGGAGUGAAAAGUGGGAAAUGGAAGGAAAGCAACUAGAGAUAAGUCAGAUAACGAAAGGGCCAUGGAAGGCAGAGGAAGAUGAAGUGCUGAUCAACCAUGUCAAGAAAUAUGGCCCUCGAGACUGGAGCUCCAUUCGAUCCAAAGGCCUUUUGCAAAGAACUGGCAAAUCUUGUCGUCUGCGUUGGGUUAACAAACUUAGACCCAACUUGAAGAAUGGGUGCAAGUUUACUACAGAGGAAGAAAGGGUGGUGAUAGAGUUGCAAGCACAAUUUGGGAACAAAUGGGCAAAAAUUGCUACGUACUUGCCUGGAAGGACCGACAAUGACGUGAAGAACUUUUGGAGCAGUAGGCAGAAGAGACUGGCUAGAAUUUUGCAGAAUUCAGGAACAACUUCCCACUCCAAAUCACUCAAAAUCAAAAAGGAAGUUCCUGGCUUUCUUGAUGUUCCUGCUUUGGAGGUUCCAAAGUUCAGCUCGUCAAUGGAGGAAGUAUCAUACGCUAAGGGCCAAUCUUGCUCAUCAUCCUACCUUGAGAACUCUGAGACGAUUAACAUGGAGCAAUUUCCAGAUAUAAUGAAUCCAAAGUUGUGUAAUAUUGAUGCAAACAUUGCUCAGCUCGAGCUUAUGUCAAGAGGGAAAAGCCCAUAUGCUGAGGCUCCAUCGCAAUUUUUCUUCCCUCAUAUCCCACAGCCACAACCAUACCUCACAUUAUCUCUAGACAGCCAAGACCUUUUGGCUAAAUUUGAGGAUCCUUACUUUUCACAAGUGUUUGCACCGGUGGAUGUUCCCGAACUAGGGAGUGGAUAUGUCGGGCAGCCAUUUCUUGAACCAGUGAGAAGUAGCGGAUUUGGUGUAAGGGAAGAAACUGACAUGACUCCAGAUGCUUUUUUUGAUGACUUUCCCGCUGACAUGUUUGAUCAUAUGGAGCCGCUUCCAAGCCCAUCAGAGUAAUUCAAGGACGAGGAAAAUUGUCUUGACUAUAAAGUUUUAAUUCGUUUCUUCAGCCACAAAGUUGACUUGUCACUUGUAUGUUAUUGAUGUUUCUUGCUGUAGGGGUUUGUCUCUUCUAUUUCUUUUUCUUAAAGGGUGAAAAUUGUUACCGUAAAGA